AUCGUUUUUCUUAUAAAUUUAAAUUGAGUAAUAAUAUUGCAGUAAUAUUAACAGAGCUGUCAGAAGAUACAUUGUUAUUGAAAAAAAUUAUAGAUUUUAUACAACUAUCAUCAAAAUAGUGACACCGAUGUUUUCAAUCAGCGAAAAUCCAACAUUUCAUGUCGCACCGAUAGAUUCCAUUUUCCCUCUUCGAACGUAGGGCAACGGAUCACACUCGAGAGUUUCCUCAAGUUAAUCUUCGGGCUUUGCGAACGAGUUUCUCUCGAGGGAUUGAACAUGAUUCACUGCUCGAAAGAGAGCGAGAGCGCGGGUACGUACUGAGUACACACGACCGCCUGUAAUCAAUAAACGCGAAUUCUUUAAUUCGGAUCGGAUCUAUCGGUGUACACUUGACGAGCGCCACAGCGCUCUCGGUGACUUGCGCUAAUGCCGAAGGCAGCCGAGCAUAGAGCCGCUUUGAAAGUGAGAUUAAUCGUGCGAGACCUAUCCUUACGUCUGAGUCAUAAGGAUCUCGCAAUUAUAACGUCAUAAUUGAAUUACAAGGAUGGUGGCCGCGGAGGGCGCAACCCGUGACCGCGCGUACGCCGAAAGCGCGACUUAUCAUUCGUUCCGGCUCCGGUUUCGGGAACGCUCCGCUUCUUUCUCAAAUUCUAUUGAGAAAUUAUUUAAACGUAACGUAAACAUUUUAUAUUUUUCAGGAAAUAAACUCUUCUAAUAUUGAUUUAUUAAAUGUAUUAAAUCAGACAUAUUAAAAAUUAUAAAUUUGCAACUCGAUAAUCACAAGCGAUAAUUCAGACGUAACAAAUGAUAAUUCUAUAAAAUAUCGUUAAUCUUUAUUAUACCUAAUUGAUAGAGAAGUGUUUUGUUUAUACAUUGUUAUAUAAUUGUUGUGCAUAUAUGUUACAUAUUGUGUGACAUAUACAGUAACCAACUUUCUACAAUAUCUCUUUGUUCAAUUUUAAUUACAUUUUCAUAUCGUACAUCAAUAAAUCGUUUUUUUACCUUUUGUAAAUGUUGAAUUUUUAUCGAUGUGUAAUUUUGCACGCGUGCAGUGUUAGUUUCUAAUUCGCGUGAAUUGUUUGCCACGAACUGCUUCUCCGACGGAAGACACGAGUCAAAUUCUUAGGAUCGUGAAGCCGUGUUCCUGACGGCUGUUUUUUUUUUUCUUCUUUUUACGUUACGUUACGCAAUCACGCGCGGAAUUAAACAAAGAGACAACGCGCGUGCAGGCGAAACGGGUUUACGCGUGCGGAUUCUAACAAGCGAGAUGACCAUACGGACGCCGCGAGAUUAUAAAGGCACCUCUGCAAUUUGCCAAUUAUGACAGAGCGAAAGGUGACAUUAAAGAUGACUUUAAUUGAGCCGCGUAUGCCGGUGCCGAGUGAUUCCCCUGGCUCAACCCUGGAACUUCGUGCGUUCUCGCGCACGUUGCAUACGUUGCGAUUGCGCAAUCCGCCCGGAAAUACUUGAUUGGCGCUUAAUUAUUGGCAUUGUUAUCGCCAGUGGCAACAUAACGGUCGUGAAAAUGUGGCGAAAAAUUCUAUCUUGAUUUUCCACGGUGUGUAAGGUGUUUCGUUCGCGUUCAAGGUGUAAUAAGGUGUUUUUGCUCGUAAAAUCGUGUCGUUACGAUGCGGUUAUCUCGAGCAGAAUGGCUCGGCAAAUAAUAUUUGUUCUCGCGGUACGGCGGCUUUUGUACAGGUAGCGAUAAAACACUUGCAGAAGAAGCCGCGCUCCAACUCAUCGUCUAAUAAUGCGUCAUUAUCGUGCCGCGAAGAAAUACGAUCUUACGUAUACGAUCUUACGGACUCGACAGCUUUAUAGGAAUAAAUAUCUUGUCAAUUCGCGAAUAAAUGACAACGAAUAAUUAUUACUCAUUGGAUUACAACUCGAGCUUCUUUUCUAUACCCGCGUCUCGUUAAUUCGAUGAAGGAUGUGAAAUUGAAUUAAAUGUAAAAAUGAUGUAUUGCCCCAAACUACAAAAUUAUGAUUUUUUUUAAUCAUUAUAGCUACAAAAUCGUAUAUUUAUUGUAUAUUCUAUAUGAUCUUAAAUAAUUUUAAACGUAAUCUUUGUGUUCGAAAGUAAAUCUUUUGAAGAAGAAAAAAGAAACAGUGAACUUAUUGAUUUAAAAGAGAGCCAUUCAAAUGCGGAAAUUUUCUUUUCUGCUGUAACCGCAAGAAACUUUACGAUAGAAUUAUCGUGAUUUGUUGUAAGUUGUUUGCGGAACUUUCGUAUUUAUAUGAUCCUCUUGCAAAUCGAUAAGAUUAAGCUUCUUGUCAGCCUAUUGCAGAAAAUCGUUUUUACAAUGCUCUGUGUAUUGUAAAAAUUCGAUAUUUUCUGCAAUUGUCUAUUUAAUUCUAUUUAAUUAUAUCAUAAUAAAAUUGAAUCGAGUGAGGUAUCAUUUUAAGUAUUACGAUCAAUCGAGUAUUACAUCAAGUGCAGAUUCACUUGCGCUAUAAACAGAGCUGCUUAUCAACGGCGGCAUUUCAUUUGAAAGAUUAAUCUGCAACAAUUCGGUUUGUCAAUGUUUGUCCGUGUUUGCGGGAUGCUAAACGGCGAAUCGUUAAAGAGCGGGUUAAAAUGGUACACGAUGGUACGCGCUACGAAGGGUUUGGCCCGCAUAAUUACCAACGACGAUCGAUACUCCCGGGGUACCUUAUCACGGUCAUUGUAUACGAUGCUCCGCUGAUGGCAACGUGAAUACGCGGCACCUUCCGUCCCGUUUUGAAAUAAAACAAUCCGAAUAAUAGCGCAAAAGUAGCUGCGUUAUUACUAACGCGACGCACCAAUGAGAUAUGUCAUGAUUACACCUUCCUUGUUUAUACAUGACGAACGAUUACGUGGAAUUAGAAAUAUUCAUGUUCCGGGUCGAGUAUCCGCUGGACGAUUAACAAGCACAAGCUUAUUGUUUUUUCCACUCCGGCGAUUAGCUUCUCCGUCAGCCUUCGGGUUGCACAAAUUAUGCCACUUAUCGUUAUUAUCAAUAUAUUUAUGGACCUCGUGUUAAAAAUAAAUGUAUCUUUUUUUAAACGUUUGAACCGAUAUUUUUUUUUAAUAAUUUAUAGAAUAUUCCUUAUGGAGGGAAAAUUGUUAGAAAAGAAAAUAUUCUUGCCUUUUUUAAAUUCAAAUUGUUAGUCCGUGCAAUAUACGUAGAAUGUAAAUUAAUAUCGAGUGCAAUUUUUAUUCAGUAUCCGUAUUGCAAAAGAAACAGUUUAUCCUUCAGUAAUGGGAUCGAAUAUUUUCUCAAUUAAAUUUUCCUGGCGGCAUACACAAUUUGACGCGCUCACCUAUGGGCGGAUUUCAACCGGCAGCCGUCGUCGGCUCGACGUUUCAUCCUCUCAAGACCGUCUCUCCUUCUCGCGAGGUAUUUUCUACCUGCGAUCAUGACAGAAAAUUUGGGCGCCGCCCGUGAUUCAGUCACCGUCACGCCCGAUGACUAAUUCCGUUAUUUCCAUUGAGUAAUUCCUCUCCCGGCCGGCCGGGAGAACCGAAGGAAUUCUCUCGUUCUCGUCGAGAAAUGCAGCGAGGAGACGGCCAAAAAGAAACGCGCCGCGCCGCCGGCGGAGAGAGAAAGAGAGAGAGAGAGAGAGAGAGAGAGAGAGAGAGAGAGAGCCGACCGGCGUUAUUAAGCCGAUUGAUUAUAGAGUAUCGAUCGGGAGAUUUUUCACGGAUACGUACUUUGACGGGCGCGCGGUGCACUUAUGUCAGAUCUCGACCGAACUCGCGGCCGACAAUGAGAAAGCCGCCGCCGCACUUGCGCGAUCCACGGUAAUACCACGGUAUUUGCACACUCGGUGACCUUGGAGGUAUCCGUACCGCCCUGCCCGAGCCUUGAACUUGUACGCCGAAGAAUCUCGCGCGAACUUGGCGACGGUCCAAGUCGAUCUGCUAAUGUCCAUUUUCCAUCAAUGCCGAUUAACUUUGAUCUCUCGAUUUAAAUUUACUCUUUAUCCCUUUCCUGUUUUUAUACCUAGAGAAAGAUGAAGAGUAAAUUAAAUCGAGAUUAAGGUUGAUCUACGUUGUUUGAAGUAGAGAUUACAGUCUGCAUUCUGAAUGCAAAUUAGAGACUCGCGUUUCUUUGUUUUCUUAUCUAAUUUUUAUUAUGCUAAAAACGACCGCAUCUGAAUCCGCAGGAUACUUACAGUUACGAUCGAUCAAACAUUCGGCGCAUUUACCGAUCUCGAUUGCCUAGUCGUAAAGAAAAGACAUGUAAUUUGAUUAAAAGGAUAACUAGGAUUAUUUACAGAUAAGCUAAUUUUUUUUCAAUAAUUUUAAAAUGUCCAAAAAAAUAUAUUUACAAGAUGGCCACUAAAUAAAGCAGUUUUGAACUAUAACAAAAAAAUUAAUAUAUUUUAAUUUCCAUGCCAACUGUAUUAAAUACUGAACAUUUGUAGAUUGAUAAAUUUAUUCUUUUGGUUUUAUUAAAUGUCUAGAUUUCAGCCAAUGCGGGCUCAGACACGAAUUUUUAUGACUGCUACAAUUUUUAUUAUUUUUACUCGCACAAAAUUUAAUUAUAAUUAAACCAUGUAUUAUUAUGUGUACAAAGUUUAAAAUAAACAGUUUGCAUAGUUUCCCAAGAAGAAUUCACAUGAAAAUAGUUUUUUUUCUAGUCUCGAAACAAUAAUGUUUGCCUAAGAGCAUCAUUUAUAGUUUAUAAUUCUUCCUUGAUAUAACAAAUCGUUCAAAUUAUGAAUUUAAUAAUACAGGUUUAACAGCGACAUUUUAUAUUAAAGAUUUCCUUGAUCUUCCCUGCAACAUCUUUUUUUUCAAUAUAAAGCUGUCAUUUAAUAUCACGGUAAAGAGUGUCAUUGUGUAAGUCAUCUAAAAAUACUUUCUGCAAGCAAUUUUUGACGAAUCGAUAAAGAUCAAACGAUUAAAUUAACAAUCCGGGCGUAUUGAGCAUUUUCUUUUACAAUGCGUUAUUAUUGUUUGAUCGCCACUCACGACGUCGUAAUAAAAGUUCCGUUACUACCUCGAUGUUCCGUGAUGGCGAAUGUACAUUAUUGUCCGUCGUGCCUCGCGGGGAUGAACAUUAUCGUCGCAGUAAGCAAUGCGGUAUCGACGCUAUGUCCAUUUCGAUCGAAAGAUACGUGUGCGACGCAUCCUGUUAUGCGCGAUAAUUUUUUUUUUUUUUUCACUGCCUUUCGCGUGGUCGAAGGCAAGAUUUGAUCUAUAUGCACGUUACUCAUUUCCGGGUGCGUGCUUUGGGCCAUUAGAACAAGCUAAAUAUCCCUUUCAAGAGAAACUGGUUGAGAAAAAUCACUUUGUAGAUCUCAAUGUUUUGAUUAAUCUCACAAAUUCAUCAACACGCCUAGAUAAAAUAUCUAAAUGAAUUUGAACACAAAAUUAGUUUUAGUAAUAUCGAAGUCCUUUUGUUAAAGGCUUAUUUUGUUAAAAAUAGGAACAGAAAAAUUAACUUCUGAAACUUUUUAUUAAAGCAAAAUUAAGAUAUGGAAUUUUAAAAAUAGAAAUUUAGUUGCUACUGCAAUAUGUAAUAUGUAAAUAAAAAAUAUAUGUAUUAAUAUUAAUAUAAAUAAUUAUAUCUCUAGCAAAUAUUCUAUUCUCAAAUUGUAACCGGUAAUAAAACACUUAUCUAUUUUUGUUCAAUUUAUGGCAAUAUGUUAUUCUAUCUUUUUCAACUCCAUACGACGUUUCUUUCGUAACACAUGUUCCCCCCCCCCCUCGACAAUGAGCAGGCUGUUAAAACAAUCUGCCUCGAAUACUUGUGUCUCGUAAAAACCGUUUAAUAGAAUUGAAGAGUAAGAGUGGAGUACGGCGCAGCGCCCUGAGCGGCUCCGCUUAGGAAUUCCUCACCGGGCGAAUACAUCCUUAUCGCGGCUCGUCUUUCACGAGGUGGUAUACCCUUCGGCGGAGGUUAUCUGUGGGGGCCGUCAGGUGAAAGGUGGAGUCACGGGUGACGAGCCUCGGUAGGCCCCCGUCGACGGUAGAUGAGGUAGGGGGUUCCCCCCCUCGGGAUCCUACGGCACGCAUGUACCCCCCGGUAACGUUGGACCCCCACUUGCGGCCGGCCGGUGCGCGAUCGGCGAAGACCAUCGUCAAGCCGCCUACAGUUGUAGUCGGUGCACCACUCCGCGAGUACGCGACACUCCGCACGCGCGCGCGGCGGACACCCCGCGACAAUCGAGCGCCGGUACUCGAGGAGGUACCAGACUACCAGCGGACGAGGCCGUUCGCAGAACCGGGCAACCGGCACACAAGUUACGAUACGAAUCGGUAAAGUGAGUGAGGACUCGAAAUCUCGCGAAAUCCGCGAUCUUAUACGGUAUCCUCGAGUUAAUGCAUUAGUGAAUUGGAUAUCCGGAUGUACUCGAAUCUCUCCCCGGUAAGGGAGUACCGCGACGAGAAGUACCGGUCACCAGGUCCAUGUUUCACGUGCGAUAGCAGUACGGACACUUCGCGCCACGAGUACGCGUACUCGAUAAUAGGAAAGACUCCAAAUUCUGGAGUCACGUCUGGUGUAUUCAUUGAUGAAUAUCUCGAACAUCGACAGGAUCAAAAGAUCCACUAUUGUCGCUUGAAAUCCACAUCCUGCUGUUUGAAUCGCGGAACUUUCGAUGCGACUACUGGUCUGCGAAUAACCUGCGGAUACUGAUAUUCACUACCUGACAAAACGAAUUUUUUAAUCUCUUCGAAGAUCGGCAGAAUAUCUUUAUUUUUUAAUCGAUUAAAAUCGGAGAAAGAAGAGAUACUUUACAGCAGGAAAAUACACCGAUCGCUCGAGCCACCGUUGCAGAUCCUUCGCGUCGUCGGUAAUUUCGUCCCGCGAGAUCGGCGAGAAUCAAUCGCCGGAGAACCUGAAAACGUGAAUCGACCGACCAACCAGCGAAGUCGAGCACCUUGGAUAGAGAUCCAAGCCGCAGCGCGGAAGGCGGACAGCUGGAGAGGAACGCUCAUAUCUUUUGCGAAAGAGGGGGACGCCCUUACAUGCGCCGUCGUCGUGCCGUCGUCAGUACGAAUCGCACGCGAGCGAAACGCCCCGCCGGCAGUACACGUGCGCUACGACGUGCGGCGUACGACGUCGCGACGGCUGACGACGACGCUUCCGUCCCGUCGUCGCCACAGCUCGUCGCAUCGCGAGCGCAGCGAUAAAUGUGCCGGCGUUGCCGCGGAUGACAUCCCGGCCGUUCUCCAAAAUGACGAUCACCUGGAUCACCCUGCUGGCCCUCGGCGUCGCCUGUCACGGUGUUCCCGUUGCCAACGACACUGUUGACACGACUACGAUAGUAGAGGAUAUCGGAAAUGCCUCGGAGCCGAUGGCCGUCUCCUCCGAAGCGGAGGGUCACUCCAUGGACGACAUAAUGCCGGGGACGAAGCCGUCGCCGAUCGCCGUGGUGUUCGUCGACAUCCCGGAGCACACGGAAACGGAACUGGGCUCGUCCGUGCUCUUGGCAUGCCGGACCGCCAAUCCUGUGGCCGAGUGCCAGUGGUCCUGGCAGCCGCUCCCGCCGGUUCACCUCCCGCUUCCGGACGUCGGUGAAAGCCCGUCGGUUUCUACGACCACGGCGAUCCCAACGAUCGCGACCACGGCAACUCCCACGACUCACCCGCUGCCCGUGCGACAGUUUCCCGCGUUCGGGAACAACAGCAACGAUUGCUCCGUGAGAUUCUCCAGCACCAAGCACGAGCAGACAGGAUACUGGACCUGCGCGGCGAGAGCCUCGACGAGCGAUCCUUUCACCAGCACCGAGCCUGCCAAGCUCAGCAUCGUCAAUGCUAAUCACGGCAUUCUCAUCACGUUCGCGAAGUACGAGAAUGUCGUUGAAGUGCCGGCGGGAUCCUCGGCGCAGAUAAUGUGCCAGACGAAGUCGCCGGUGCGCGAAUGCCAGUGGUCCUGGCGGCAGCUGAACCAGUCGCAACCCUGGAACCUCGACGUGAAAUCGUUUCCAGCCUUUGGUAAUGACAGCACGGAAUGCAGUAUCAAGUUCAAGAACGUUCUGCCGGAGCAGGAAGGCUACUGGACCUGCGGUGCGCGAGUAGACCCGAAUUCCUCGUUCACCCAGGCGACCCCCGUUCGUUUUCUCAUAUCAGAAGUCGAGUUCGUGCAGUUGUCGCGCGGCGUGCAGGUUGCGGCCGGCGAAUCGGUCUUCCUACGGUGCCUGGCGAACAAGCCGGUGGUACAGUGCGAGUGGUCGUGGAGGGCGUCGAACUCGAGCAAGGAACCGCUGCUGGUGAAGAAGUUCAGCCCAAACAAGGACGCCGAACACGACUGUUCCAUGCGGUUCAAGAACAUACUGUACGAGGAGGAGGGUCUGUGGACCUGCGGGGUGCGCUUGACGCCCGACGGUAUCCUGCACACGGCGCCCGCGGCGACUGUCAGCCUCCUGCCUACAGCUAAGGUGAGCUUCGUCGAAGUGCCGACCGAUACGGCGGUGCCGGUAGGCACGGAGGCCACGCUAAAGUGCAUCACCAGCAGCCGCGUGGAAAAAUGCGUGUGGAUCUGGAAGCCGCUGCACGGCAGCGAUUCGGAGGUCGUCCUGAAUGAAUUCCCGAGCAAAGGUGAUCUUGGUCGCGACUGCUCGCUCACCCUUCCUCACGUAUACGCGGAGAAGCAGGGUCACUGGAGUUGUCAGGUUUCCAUCGCGUCGCUCAAUACCGUUCUGACGUCACCGUCCGCGAAACUCACCAUCUACGAGCAAGAUGAAGUGAAGUUCUCGGAGCUGUCGCAGGAUAUCCAAAUCUCCUCCGGAGGCAGCGUUCUGCUGCGCUGCGUGACAUCCUCGGUGGUGGAGCAGUGCCGGUGGUCGCUCACCCCAGUCAACUCCAACACCACCGUGGUGGUGAAGCAGUUCCCGGCGGCCGGAAACGAGGCCCGCGACUGCAGCGUCCGCCUGAGCCACGCACUCUCCGAGCAGGAGGGCCUGUGGACCUGCGGCGCUAAGAAACACGGACGGCAGAAUUACACGGAUGCGCCGCCCGCGAAGCUGAGCCUCCUCGAGCCAGAGCCUGUCACUAUCGCAGUUUGGGCUGCGCCUUACAAAAUGGUCACUCUUGCGUGUAGAGCCGGGGCUAUGUCAACGAAGGCCAAAUGCCACUGGAUCCACGGGCCAAAAGUUCACGUAUAUCAGAACUCUAGCAGGCAACUUUCAAAAAAAGCGAGGCACAGCGUGCAAAUGGAUUAUACCACCGGCAUAUGCAAGCUGAUCUUCAAACCGGAUCAUUCCGAUCUAGGACAGUGGACUUGCAGAUUUACCGUCCACAGUGACAACACCGACAUCGAAAUAGGAAGCGCGACACUCGUUCUGCUGAACACUUUAGCAGAUGAUAAAAUAGGAUGGAUCGUGGGAACCUUGACGGCCGUGGUCCUAUUCCUGAUGAUAAUAGUCGUGGUGCUAGUGGUGUGUAAGGCGCGAAUUUUUAUCUGUAAGACACCCGAGGUCUUGGAAACUUUACCUGCCAGCAAAAGGAAGCAGACUGCACGAUCAUGCGGCGAAAAGUAUACCGAGAAUCAGGGGAAAGUCAAUUUUCAAUUCGUUGAAGACAGCAGUCACGCAUCGAGUCUCGAGAGCGUUCUACCUAACAGAAGUCCGUGUGUGAAGAAGACUCAAAAAAUACCGUCCAAAAAAUAUGAAAAUGUUGGAUUAUAACAAAGUAGUUAUCAACGUCUUGAUUAGAGAAACAAAAGGACAUUUUAUAAAAAUUGUACACACACGUCGAUAUUUUUUAUGUGUAUACAACCUCCUUAACAAUCGUAAUAAAUUUAUAUAAAUAUAAUUGUACAAUAUAUAUAAUUAGCACAAUACGAUUAUGUAUUCCCACAAUUUAUACUGCAUAAUUAGCAUAUAAUUUAUAAUUAACAUAUAAGCCAAUAAUUAUAUGAAAACAGUAAAAGAAAUGAAGCCAAAAGACUAUUUGCCCCGAAAGCAGAUGUACAUGCUUCUUCUUUCAAAAAAGUUAUAAUGCAUAUAAUGUAAAGGUCAUAUACUCCCAUUUGAUUGUUGAAAAUUAAUACGAUUUUAUAAUCUGAUUUGAAAAUGUUGCCAAUUAAUAUUCUGUAUCAAAAAGUUUUACAAUUUAAGAAAACAUUAAAAUCCUUGCAUUUUUUAAAUAAACAAAAUGGCUAAAGCUUUUGUAAUAAUAAAAAUAUAAAGAAAAAUUAAAUGUUUAUGAAAUAUUAAAAUAAAAUGGAAUAUUACGUAAUAAAAUAUGAGUAGUAAUGUUCGAUUUAAACAUGAAAGAAAUAAUGAUUUUAAACUCAUUUUGUUGAAAUACGCGUGAUAAUUUUUAUAAAUAUUUAACAAGAAAAUAAAAAUGCAUAUUUAUUUUAAAGUGGCAUUUUUGCUUCAUCAUAUAGAACUGAUCAAAUAUUUAUUUUCA